CUGUAAAAAUUAAUACUAAUAAUUAAUUAAGAUUUCUUCCUUUUUCUGAGAAAUCAUCAAUUCUCCAACAGCCUUUGUUAAUCCACUAAUUAUCCGACUCUAAGGCAUUCCAAAUUAGUAAUUAGUUUCAUUAUAAAAACUCUCAUUAUUUCUCUCAUUCUCAUUAUCUUAUGUUAGUGUAAAACUCUUUCGUAACCAAACAGGUUGCAGAGCAAGGGAGAAAGAAAGAACCCCUUUCUCUCAUCACUCUGCAUCUCCACCGCUGGCAUCGAUCCUUUUUCUUAGCAACAUUUUUACAUAUAUGUUGUUUAUAUUCUGGGUGUGCAAAUUACGUUUUAUUGACCCAAAAAAGGAUUAAAUUUUGUGUUUUGUAGAUCUUGGAUAGUUAAGAAAAGCAAAGAUGGAAAUGGAAAAAACAGGUAGUCCGGUGUUCAAUUCAAAAAUCACAUUUUAUGUGGUAGCGUGUUGGAUUCUUGCAGCCUUUGGAGGUUUAAUGUUUGGUUAUGAUAUUGGAAUUUCAGGGGGAGUGACUGCGUUUGAUGAUUUCUUGAUAAAAUUUUUCCCAAAAGUCCAUGAGAAAAAGCUUCACGCAAAGGAAGACAAUUACUGCAAAUACGACGAUCAAUUGCUCCAGCUUUUCACAUCUUCCCUCUACCUUGCUGCACUAGUCUCGAGCUUUGGCGCUUCAAAGGCUUGUACUAAAUUGGGUCGCAAACCCACAAUCCUCAUUGCAUCAGCCUUUUUCUUGGCUGGUGCCAUUGUAAGUGCAGCAGCUCAAGCUAAAUGGAUGCUCAUUGUUGGCCGAAUUCUUUUUGGCGUCGGAGUCGGAUUUGGCAAUGAGUCUGUUCCAGUGUUCUUGUCAGAGAUUGCACCGGUCCAGCAUCGUGGUGCUGUCAACAUUCUCUUCCAACUCUUUGUAACAAUUGGAAUUCUGAUUGCAAAUCUGGUGAACUACGGCACGUCAAAGAUUCAUCCACAUGGAUGGAGGCUAUCUCUAGGGCUAGCAGGUAUUCCUGCAUUGAUCCUAUUGUUGGGCUCAUUGGUGAUCAGUGAAACACCGACGAGCCUGGCGGAGCGCGGGAAGGAACAAAAGGGUAAAGCAGCACUGAAGAAGAUCAGGGGUGUGGACAACGUUGAUGCUGAAUACCAACAAAUCUUGAUGGCCUGCGAGGAAGCCAAACAAGUGAAGCAUCCGUUCAAGAAGCUCAUGAAGCGCGAGAGCAGGCCUCCGUUGAUCAUUGGCAUUUUGAUGCAAGUGUUCCAGCAGUUCACUGGGAUUAAUGCCAUCAUGUUCUAUGCGCCAGUUCUGUUCCAGACUGUCGGGUUCAAGAAUGAUGCAUCGUUGCUGUCCUCCGUCAUCACUGGACUUGUCAAUGUGGGCAGCACUUUCGUGUCCAUCUACGCAGUUGACAAGCUUGGAAGGAGAAAAUUACUUCUUCAAGCUUGUGUCCAGAUGUUCAUAUGCCAGGUGGCAAUUGGAUCAAUUUUGCAUGUUCACUUGAAAGCCACAGGGUCGACACUUAGCAAAGGACUAGCUGCUGUUGUGGUGGUGCUGGUGUGUAUGUAUGUGAUGUCGUUUGCGUGGUCAUGGGGACCUCUAGGUUGGUUGAUACCUAGUGAGACAUUCCCAGUGGAGACGAGAACAGCAGGGUUUGCAUUUGCUGUGAGCACCAACAUGUUGUUCACUUUCCUCAUUGCUCAGGCAUUCUUGUCAAUGUUGUGCCAUAUGAAAGCUUUCAUAUUCUUCUUCUUCUCGGCUUGGAUUUUCGUGAUGGGGUUGUUUGUGGUGUUCCUGUUGCCGGAAACAAAGGGUGUCCCCAUCGAUGUCAUGAACGAGAGGGUGUGGAAGCAACAUCCGGUGUGGAGAAAGUUCAUGGAUUGAUGAUUUGGGGGUCGGGAAUUGGAGGCAUUUGUCAUGGCCUAGAUAGAAAUUUGCCUAGACACUCCCCCAAUAUAAUUAUUUUUUGUUUAGCAUUUUUAAUUCUUCUUUUCUUUCCAUGGAAAUGUUUGGGAGGUCAAUAUUCUUGUGUUGAAUUAGCAGAAUUAUCUGUA